AUUCCGUGAAAAUAGAUUAAACGAUGAUUUAUCAGUAAUGAUCCGGUUGGUGAUAAAGUCAAUAAGAUUCAGUCCGCUCGUGCGUUUUAUAAUCCGAAACUCCCGGGAAGGGGCCUGAGAAGAGGGCGCUUGCCUAUACAAAACAAAACUCUCCAAACUGAAAUUUAAACAAAAUUCUAGUUUUAAGGUUUUAAAGUUCGUUUUUCAAAGAAAACAGUUAUGUGCCGAUUUCGGUGACUGACGAGUUAGAGACGGUGAGUGUGAAAUGGGACUGAUAAAGAGAAAUUCAACUGAAAGAGGUUACGAUUUCUGGAAACACGUGCGAGGUUCUCUGUUCUUCUUAUUCGACGAGGACGGAGGAACUGUCGCGUCGGCUUGGCCCGGGUGUCAAUUCGUUAGUACGAAGCCCGUUUAAUUUCAGAGGAGAUGAGCAAGAACGGGCCUCUCACGAUGUACAGAAUGAAGCCGCUCUUCGAUUUGGACGGGGUCGCUUUCGACGGAAGGAGUGGCGGCAUGUACAGAAUGAGGGACGUCCACGGAGACGGAGGCGGACGAGCCGAAGAGACACUCGAAACGAUCCAACAGCGCCAGCAGCUGCUCCUCAAAAGGAUCGACGACCUCAAAAAACUCCUAGAGGCGAUUAAAGCGCUCACCAGGACGCCAAAAAUAGCCAACGGCUCGCCUAGUAAAAUGACCCUUUCAAACCCGGAUUUCUCAAAACUUGGUUUUAUCCAUGAUAUAGUACUCAAUGUAAAUCCUCUCUACCCGCCCUACUCGCUCCUUGGACUGACGAAACUUUGGGACUGGUUUGCCUGUGUGAACUACACAUGGCACGUUCACUCUUCUGUGAGGACUCUUCCCGAGAACGCCAAAUCGUUCCAAGACAAGUUGACGGGUGAAAAUUCCAAGGAGAGUCCUCUCAAUAUAACUUUCGUCUGGAAAAACGUCAGCUCAAACUGUGAGUUAGUCGUCUCGCCGAUCAAAAGCGUACCGGUUCUUGGAGAGGUGAACUUUCUCAGGUUUUUAAACAAAUUCGUCUCACCUGAAUUGGACGUUCUCAACCAGGCUGUCCAGGACGGAUGCCUCGACGCUUGCCACGCUUUAAGUUACAGUGGUUCAGACAAAGGGAAUGAUAUGUAUUUCGCACAAUUGUCAGAACGUCUGGACAAAUCGGAGUGGUUAAUGGGGGAUACAGUUACUGUCGUUGACAUCGCAGCAUGGUCAACAAUGAAAAAAAUGAAGCUACCAAAUUUAAAACCAAAGCUUAAUGAAUGGUUUAAAAAAUGUGAUGAAUUUGUCAACUCACGCUAAAUAUAGAAAAGUACCCACAUUUUGUACUUUUUUUCUACCUUCUUUUUUCAAUUUGAAAAAUAAACAAAAAAACAUAAGCAA